CCCUUCAGCACACUCCCAAAUUACAGCAAAGGAAUGAAACCUUGCUUUGCAGAGCACUAGUGUUUUCCCCCAGCUUUAGAGUAUCGGAAAGAUUCCUCCUGUGGGCUUGCAUCAUGGAGACCUGCAGUCAAUCCAGCAGUCAACAGAUUCUGUGGAAAGAUAUUGAGGCAGUGAAAGAGAAGAAGGCCAGGUACCAUAUCUACCAGCGAGUGGCUCUCUCUCUGGUUCUGGUCUUCCUUGUUCUGGCUCUCUCUGUGUUCAGCCUGCGGUAUCUGUGGAGCCCCAGUCUGGGGAAGGUGUAUGACCAUCAGUACAAAGCCGUGUUGGAUGGCAUCGAGACAGAGAGCGUGUUGGAGAUCGACCCGGGUCAGCGAGUGGAGAUCUUCAGAAUGGGAAACGGGAGCGAAGAAGUCAUCGAGGUGCACGACUUCAAAAAUGGAAUCACUGGGAUCCGCUUUGCCGAACAUCAGAGGUGCUACAUCAGGACCCAAACUAGGAAACUACCCACGGUGGCAGAGGUGGAAGCUGAGGACACAGAGUUGCUGCAGGUGAAUGAGGCCGAGGUGGUGGACAUGAAGGUGGAGGACUCCCAUGUGUGGGUUCUUGAAGAGGAGCCCAUCGUUAACCCGGACUUCCUCCUUGACUCCAAGAUCUGGGAGAUUUGCCAGAAUCUGCCCAUCCACUGGAUCCAUCCCUCCCCUCUGAGCGACGAUGAGAUGGAAAAUGUGGACACGCCCGACGCCGAGGUCACAGGCCAGCGCUUCGCCCGGGACGUCCUGGACCACCCUGCCGUCAACGACUAUAGAGAAGUCGGCUUGGAGCUGGAGAACCACCUGGACGACAACGGCUACUGCUGCCAGCACUGUCGCCGUGGUUACCGCUUCUGCCGCCGCUACUACGAGCCACUGGGCGGCUUCAACCAGUGGCCCUACUACUACCAGGGGGGGCGGGUCAUCUGUCAGAUUGUCAUGCCGUGCAACUGGUGGAUCGCCCGUAUGCUGGGCCGGGUCUGAGGAUGUGGGGGGGGGGGGGGCGGGCGCCGUCUGGGAUUUUAAACUGUUUGUGUCGUUUGGAAGGUGCAAAUUUCUCCUCUUUGACAAAGGUACCAGACCACUGGGACCAGAGCCGCCCAUCGCACACGAUUAUUAUCCAAUCUGAAAGUGGGGCCCAUCGAGCAUUAGUCAGUCUAAAGCGUCUAAAAGGCAAUUUAAGUGUUUUAGGGAAGGUCUGUGGUUGUUUACAGCUGUCUCCUCUUCUCUGCUUAUCUACCUGUUUGGUCUGCUCGCUGGUUGAUUCUGGUCAAUCGGUGUAAUUUGCUUUAGAAGGCGUCACCUUGAACCAAUCUGCUCUAAGACUCUCUGUCUUCCCUCUGUUGUGCUUCAUGUUUUAUUCUAUAGGAUGUUUUCUACAUAUUCUGCAGUGUAUCACCAUGUACAUACAGCACAACUAUAUAUAUUAAACAUAGUGUGCGGUGCUUUCAUAUAAGACAUUAAACUCAUUUUUUGUGA